AUGGGACGUGGUUUUAUCGUUGGAGGUCAGAAAUCACGAAUUUAUGUUGUUAUAAGAUGUAAAAAUGCACUCAGGUCAUGUCCAUUAGAAUAUUCCAUUGAUCUAGCCUGUGUUAACAACGCAACAACUUCAACUCCUAAACCUACAUCCGUAUCUACCGCUAAACCUGUUCAGCCGUCAAUCGUUGUUGGUACUUGUGAAUGUCAUUGUUGUAAGGGAAAUGCCACAUGUGUCCCCGUGUAUGUAGGAACUAUUCCUUAUUAUACUAAUACAUGUCAAGCAUUGGAUUGUGCUAGUCGCUGUUCUACACAAUUUUCCGUUUGUCCAGUUGAUGGAAUUCAAUCCGGAAAAAUUGAAACAUAUUGCAGAAAAAAUGCUGGUGCAGCAAUAAGAAAUGUACCUUAUAUUCCACUUUUAACAUUUUUGAUGUACAUAUCGAACAUUAUAUAA